AUGACGGCUUUAGUUAAAGCCAUCGAACAAAAGCGAUUUAAACAAGCAGAGUUUCUUUUACGACGUGGCGAAAAUGUGAAUCAACAGGAGAAACAUUCUGGAACGACUCCUCUUCUGGCAGUUUGUUUCUUGGAUGACGAAAACUUAACCUGUCGCAUUGCAAAAAGGCUUCUUCGACGAGGGGCUGACGUAAGUCUUCAUGAUGUAAAUGGAAUGAGCCCGUUGAUGCAGGCGAGUAAACUGGGAAAGGAAAAGCUUGUUCAGGCUCUGAUUGAAAGUCAAGAAUGUGACUUUGCAGCUGUAGAUUCCGAAGGGAAUACUGCUUUGAUUCAUUCAAUUGAAGCUGGGAAUUCACGCAUUACCAAAGCUAUUACAGAAGCUAUGAAUGUCUUCGACGUUCGCGCGGCUGAUAAAGCGAACAAGAAUGGAGAAACGCCUCUGAUUAGAGCAACGAAACUAAAACGCAAUGAAUGUAAAGAAGUGUUGUUGAGUGAUGGAAAAGCGUCACCUUGCGCCAGAGAUUUCACUUUGAAACUCAACGCAAAAGAAUGGGAAUUGUAUUUGAAAAGAAAGAAAGAAAAUGGUGAAAGCGAAGGAAAAAACUCCGGAGACUCAAACUGCAACGAAAAAGGAAUUCAACCAAGAACAAGAGGCAAACGAUCAACUUUUAAUUCUCGACAAGACUUAAUAAACACAGCUCUACCAUUGAGACACUCUGUGAGUUUUAUUCAGCAGAGUAAACCUGGUAAUAUGGCUCUUACAAGAAGGACGAAAUCUGCUCCUUUGGUAAAAGGGGAAAGGGGCGAAAGUCUGGCCAAUGAAAAACCCCGUUUUAAGCAUAAAAAGGAGGAGAAGGGGGUAGAUAAUUGGCUUAUGCCAGGAAACGAAAAUUCCUCUCUUCCACAAAAGCCAUUGCAGCAUGAAAAAAAUCCAAUACAGCAUAGUGUUGCCUUAGUAACGUAUGCAGGAUCACCCGAUAAACAUGUUCAGCAAUUGAAAAUGAAGCCCAAGGGAGACUGCACAAAGGAAGGUCCACCUAGAACGAUUAAUAGGAAGAAGGCAUUGAAAAAUUAUCAGAGCCAACUACAUCAGCUAUUCUCUUUGAUGACUGACCAAAAUUCAAAUUCGUUUCGUUCACCAGCAAAGGAAAGAACUCAGGAGGAGAAAAGGAGUAGCACGGCAAAGUCAGAGGUAAGCAGAGAGUUCAGCAAGCGGCACAGUUCUAGGAGAGGGUCACUGAUGACGCAAAGAGCUGCGCAUGCGCAGAGACGAUGGUCCACAACCAUGACCGCCAUCAGUACUUCGGAGAGAUUUUCGUCGUUGUAUAACCGUUCCGAUUUUCAGUUGCUGGAUAAAUCUGUUCUAAGGUCAAGGAGAGGAUCGUUGCGAUCAAACCCUGACGUGUUGGGCUUCACGUCGCCCGUGUCUAGAAGAACAAGAACAUCCACGGUGUCUCCAAAUUUGGUGAAGCUUGAUCCGAAUUUAUCACAUUCCCUCCCCGAGAGGCGCAGUUUGGCUAGAGUUAAGACUUCCAAACCAAAAGCACGAUUGUACACAAGGCACAACAGUGAUUCACUCAUUUCAACUGGUAACUUACUGAGCAGGUUUUCAGGGGUACCAAGUACUAAAACGCCAGUAAUAGAAGAAAGCGAAGAAGGUGCAGCCGGUGAUUGCUAA